CUAACUCCGAACAACCUUCACCUUCAAUGCAUUUCCGGUCAAAUGAUUGCGAAUAAUGUAAACAUUUUCGAUUUAGCUACUUUUUCACGAUGCAAAAGAUUGGAGCUAGCAUUAUCUUCACAUUUUACAAAGAUUAAAGAACAUUUAAUGUUAGUGACAAUGGGGUGAAAAUCACCAAUCAAAAUGAAUUGCGCUUCAAGCAAAGCUGAGAAACGACCUAGUAAGAAGGGAAGAUUCCCCUUCAGGAGAAACUCGAGUAAGUUAAAGGUGAAUCCUGAACAUGGAACUGUUUCUAAUGAACAGAAGCUUGAAGAUCAAGUUGGUGCAGGAUUACAGAAAAGUGCUGAGGGUGCUGGAAGUAAUAUGAAUGAUGAUGCUGUCCCUCAUAAUGUGCUGGUGUUUGAAGAAAUAGGAGAGUCAACUGACUGUGUAGACGAGAAAGAUGUGGAAGAGCUUGAAAAUGCGGCAAAGUUUUCUCUUGGCCAAGAUGAUGGUGAUGAAGAUCAGUUUGUAGAACUUGAUGGCUUAAAUAAGGACAUAAAGGCAAGCCUGAACAGAGAUGAUAGUAAAACAGACAAAACUGAUUCAGACAGUUUAGAGCCAAAGAAAAAUGAGGUUAAAGAAGACAAAGACAUUACUCAUCUUGAUCAUACUGAUGAGCUAUCACUUGAUAAUGAUGGAAGUAAAUGUCAUCAGACAAAAUACGAUAAUUUAGUUUUUCCUGGGAUUGAAGUGACUUCAUGUGAUGGUGAAGAAGAACGACCCAAAGUUUUGGAUGAAGUGCCGACUGUGAUAAACAAAAAAGACCAACCAGAAGAAGAUGCUGAAAGUCUUGAUGAUAAACUAGCAUUUACUAAAUAUGUGGACAAGGCUUCUGUAAGGAAAGCUCUUGAAAAACACAGUGACGACAUAGUAGAGGGACAUGAUAUCGAGGUAGGGGAGGAACUCAUUGUGCAAUAUUUAAACAAAAAAGACAAGAAACACUUGAAAAUGGUGUUAAGGCCUGCUGCAUGGUCAAUGAGUCAUGAAAUUCGCAAGGUUUUAUGGUACAACAUGUGUCACUACCUCCACAAGGCUGAUGAUGGGGACAUAUAUACAGAAUAUCUGGCGGAUCUCUUCCCUAAUAGUGACAAUACAGAAGAGCUCCGUCUUCCAUCAUUUGUGGACCCUACACAUCUUUACAGCUUCCAUCUGAAUCUAGAGGGAAUCAAAACUGUGGGGAAAAUCCUGUAUGUCGUGGAACAUGCGUGCCCGGACAUUAUUUACAGCCCUCUUCUCUACCCCAUCGUGUGCCUGUUCCUACACUUUAUGGACGCCCCGCAGUGUUACGGGUGCGUGUACGCCCUGAUCCGACAAAGUGACUCCAUGUUUCUCCCUACCACAAGAACUUGCUACGAGGCUUCUAAACUUGUUAUCAGGGACCUCGCCAAGAAAUAUGCAAAGGGAAGCUACUCCCAUCUGGUACGCAGCGUGGGGAACAUCGACAACGUGUUCGACUCCUGGCUUUGGUGGAUCCUUGAGGACAUACCCAUCACUUACCUAGUCCAUAUUGUUGACUGCUACCUUCAUGAGGGAAUCAAGGUGUUUUACCGCGUAGCCCUGGCCAUCAUCACUCUACAUCACAAGCAGUAUGGGAAGCGCUCAGCAAACAAGACUGACAUGGUCGCCAGUAUCCGCCAGUUCUGCAGAGAAAUGCCAGUAAAAAUCGACAAACUACUCAAGGUUGGGUUUGGAGUUCGGGGUUUGAACCGCCGGGAGAUCUGGAAGCUGCAGAUGAAGCAUGAGAUGUACGUGAACAGUGUGAAGAAUGUGGCAGAGACCCCGUCACGCGCUAAUCUGCCCCUCUCCCGCUCCUUCAGUGGCCCCGUUAUCCUCCAGAACAUACCAACUACUAUGCUUACACCAGACAUGUUGUACGCUGUUUGGACGUGGCUGCCUACGAGAUAUGCAGUCUGCCAGCCCGAACUGCUCUUUACCACUGAGGAACAUGGAACCAGUCUGGUCACCUUGUACCAGCGUGUGGAGAACUACCAACCAACCAUUAUUGUCAUCAAAACCACUAAGGAUGAGAUAUUUGGUGCCUUCUGCUCCAUGAAGUGGUCCGACCGGCGCCAGAAGAGCCAGCUGUUGUCGUACUUCGGGACGGGGGAGACGUUCAUCUUCACACUCUUCCCUGAGAAGAAGAAGUACGACUGGGUUGGCCUGACGGGAGAGGACAUUCCAAACACAGCCAACAUGUUCCAGGCCGGAGACAGGUCCAUUCUCACCAUAGGGGGAGGGCAUGGUGAGGCAAUAUUUCUUGACCAGAAUCUCCUUCACUGCCGCUCGGAGAAAUGUGACACCUUCAACAACGAGCCCCUCUCCGAGAGUGAGGACUUCACUUGUAAGGUUGUCGAGGUCUACGGACUGCAGUAGGGAUCGCGAAAUACUGGGCAUCUAGAGUGUAGCUUCUGGAGGUUGUGCGCUAUAUUGUAGCAUCUGCAGGAUAUACCUGUAUGCAAUACUGCAUCAGCUUAAGAAUGUAUGCAAUACUGUGGCAUCUGUAGAAUAUUGCAACAUCUUGAGGAUGUACAUGUAUGCAAUACAGCAUCAUCGUAAGAAUGUUUGCAAUACUGUGGCAUCUGACAAAUAUUGCAACAUCUGGAGGAUGUACAUGUAUGCAAUACGGCAUCAUCUUAAGAAUGUAUGCAAUACUGUGGCAUCUGAAGGAUAUUGCAGCAUCUGAAGGAUGAACAUGUAUGCAAUAAUGCAUCUGCAAUACUGCGUCUGCAAUACUGUGGCAUCUGAAGGAUAUUGCAGCAUCUGGAGGAUGUACAUGUAUGAAAUACUGUGUCUACAAUACUGUGGCAUCUGAAGGAUAUUGCAGCAUCUGAAGGAUGAACAUGUAUGCAAUAAUGCAUCUGCAAUACUGCGUCUGCAAUCCUGUGGCAUCUGAAGGAUAUUGCAGCAUCUGGAGGAUGUACAUGUAUGCAAUACUGCGUCUGCAAUACUGUGGCAUCUGAAGGAUAUUGCAGCAUCUGGAGGGUGUACAUGUAUGCAAUACUGCUUCAGAUUAAAAAUGUUUGCAAUACUGUAUCAGCUUAAGAAUGCAUGCAAUACUGUAUCAGAUUAAAAAUGUAUUCAAUACUGUGACAUCUUUAUCAAACUGCUUCAUCUGGAGGAUGUACCUGUAUGCAAUACUGCAUCAACUUCAGGAUGUAUGCAAUACUGAAUCAAAUUGGAAGAUGUACGUAAUAUUGCAGCACCUUGAGAUGUAAACAGUUCUGCGUCAUCUCAAAGAUGGAUACAUACUCCAUUGGAGGGGUGAUGCAGUAUAUCUUUUUAGCCAUAAUGGAUGCAGUACUGCUACAUAAAAAUGAGGGUGUAUAAAAAUCUGCAUUCAUUAAUUUGGUAGAUGCAAAUGAAGAUUCUGAACAUGUAUGCUAAACUUUUGUAAGCUUUACUUUUUACAGCACAUAUUGUAAUUUAUGGAUUUCAACUCCAAUUGUGAGAUUAUGGUGUGCGUUGGUAGAUUUUAUUUGUUGUUUUCUUUUAAUGAAAGAAUGAGGUUUAUUUGAGUUUGUGGUCUAAGGCCAAAUUGCUAGUAGAGUGGAGGUUCGAACUGGGGCAACCAGGAUGAUAACCUAAAAGUUAUCUUGUUAUGGCCUACUUGAUGUUUUAGUGAAAUGAAAAGAUGAGCAAAUUUUACAAACAAAGAUUUUAUCAAAAUUUGUUUAAAGCGCAUUUGUAUGCAAAUGCGGAAUUGCUGGUUGAAAUUACUUUAAAACCAUGUGCCUCAUUUAAGUUGAAUACACACUCUGUUUUUGUUGUGAUGUUGAGUUCAUCAUGUUGUGUACCAUUUGUGACAUUGGUUUUGAAAAUAUGUCUUAUCCAUGUAUUUCAUUGAAUGUGGAAAACUGAUAAUUAGGCCAAAUAAAAGCAUUAUUGUGGUUAUGGUUAGUACUGUUCCCUGAUUGACCCUAUUUUUAAAUCAGGACCUUCAUUAUUUUUCUGCUAAAGAGAUAAAAUAAAUAAACAACAAAAUUAUUGUUAUAUUAACUUUGUGAAUCUAUUAUUUGUACAAAUUGAUAAAGUUUUCUUGCAUUGUGUUACUCUCUCAGUGACAACGUUUAAAUGUCAGAAUGUGUAUGUAUGUUUGUAUGUAUCCAAUACGAUCCAAUUGAUAUACACACUUCAUAAGCAAUAAAACAGUGUCCAAAAUAAAAUAUUUGCCUACCUUCCUUGCCUGUUUUUUUGUUAGCAUGUCACAGUAACCACAACAUUAUUUUCAUUUGGCCUUGAAGAAAUAGUAAGUACUAUAGUCCUGUUGCAGAAAACAUACAUACAUGUAUCUCUUUAAAAUUUAUUUAUAUACCGUAAGCUUUAUGUCUCAGACUCUUUUUAUUCUUGAAACAGAACCUGGUAGACGUUUGAAAUAGAUUAUAUUGUUAUUUAUGCAUGUCAUUAUAACCUUCUAAAUAAUUCCAUUAUUUCAUUGUGGUAGAUUUAUAGCAGUGCUGCACUUUUGAAAAUCCCUCCAAAAUGCAAAAAUCUCUCCAACUUGGUGCAUUGGUUAUUGAAAUUGCUCCAACUUGGUGCACUGUUGAAAAUCUCUGUGAGGUAAUAAUCAUAGUGUGUGGUCUAUUGUAUAUCUCCCAGUUAUAUUUAUACUCCCGACAAACGAAGUUUGAAGGAAGUAUAUUGGAGUCUCCCUGUGGUUGGUUGGUUGGUUGGUUGGUUGGUUGGUUUGUUGGUUGGUUUGUUGGUUGGUUGGUUGGUUGGUUGGUUGGUUGGUUGGUUGGUUGGUUGGUUGGUUGGUCCACAGUCUUCCUUGUUAAGAGAAUAACUUGAGAAAAACUUCUGGAUGGAAUUAAUUUUAACUUCAUACAAUGAUAGAAUAUAAUAGUAGAAAGUGCAGUGUUCAAAAACCAUAACUCUAUUUUAGCCAAUUACAGAGUUAUAGACCUUUGUAACUUUUCCUUGUCUCAAACAUAACUUGAAAACUACUGGAUGGAAUUAAUUAUUAAACAUCAUACAAUCAUAAAGCACAAUGUACAAGACCUUUGACUCGAUUUCAGCUAAUUACAGAUUUAUUGCCCUUUGUUUCUCUUUUGUCCGGAGCAUAACUUGAGAACUACUGGAUGAAAUUUAAUUAAACCUGAUACAAUGGUAAAGCACAAUGGGAGGAAUUCCAGUGUACAAGGAGAAUCAUAUCUCUAUUUCAGAGUUUUUGAACUUUGUUACAUUUUCUUGUCAGCAGAGAAACUCCUAAAUUACUCAAUGGAUUUUUAGUAUACAACAUACUUUGGUCAAGCAUACGGUUAGUGGAAAUGCGAUGUACAAUUACCUCAAUGACUCAUGGCCUCUUUUCAAAUAGAUAGUUUUGCCAUUCCUUUGUCCAGGUGGCAUUCAAGGGUAUUAAUUUUGUCACUUCCAUGACAUCUCUUCUUAUUCUAUUACAUAUGUUGAACUCUUUUUCAUUCCAUGCAAAAAAACAGCAUUUUUAUGUUUAUAUUGAAAUAAUCUACCAGGGAAGUAAAGUGGGGUACUUAUUCAGUGCGGGUAAUGAAGUAGGGUUAUAAUCAAGAGGGAUGAUAAAUUGGGGUACUAAUCAAGUGGGGCAAAAAGUCAGUAAUAAUCUAAUGGGGUAAUAAAAUGGGACAAUGAUCUACAUUUGUAUUUAGGUAAUAAAGUGGGGUACUUAUCUAGUGGGGAUGAGUACCUAACGGGUGAUAAAAUGGCAUUCUGAUAUAGUUGGGUAAUAAAGUGGGGUACUAAUCUUGUGGGGGUAAUAAAGUGGGGUACUAAUCUUGUGGGGGUAAUAAAGUUGGGUACUAAUCUUGUGGGGGUAAUAAAGUGGGGUACUAAUCUUGUGGGGGUAAUAAAGUUGGGCAAUACUCACAGUGUAUGUUAUUUGUCUACACCAGGUGAUUUGCUUUGUUUAUUGUCAAUAUUGAAUAUUGUCUUGAUAUCUGAUGUAUGCUAUGAAUCUCUCACAUUGUAAAAACUAUGUUUAUUUCACUAUCUUUGUGAUACCUUGGUCAUGAAUUAUGCAGGGAUGUGAUUUGUCCGCGGAUUCGCGGAAAUCCGCGGAUUCAAUGACCCACCCACCCCCAAAAAAAAAUAAUAUAUAUAUAUAUAUAUAUAUUUUUUUUUUUUUAGUUGAUUAAAAAAGUUACUAGAGUGCUUUUGGUUGUUUGAGUUGAUAUUCCUGUGUGCAUUAAAUUUCAAGUCAGAAGAACCCUCAAAAGAGCUUCUAAAAAGCCAGUUUUUCUUCUAAGGCAGUGUGCUUUUGACAUCAAAAGGGCCAUAAGAACCCAUGGCCGAAAUGGUUUCAGCCCUUCAGGUGCCAGGUCAAUCACAUCCCUGAUUAUGGUACAUAAAAUUUUGUAAAUAAUUCAAUUAUUAUAGGUCAGUUUUGUAAGCAGAAUAAAGAAAAUAUUUUUUAUCUGUUUUUAUCAUGUUCAAAGGCUUAAACGGAUUUAAUUUUUCUAUGAUUGAAUAUGGUUCAUUUGAAAACUUGUUUUAAACAGAAUAUUACACAUAAUAAUUUCACAUUUUAAUCAAUGUUAAACCACAUGUUUCAUCUUCAAUGAUUAUUUUCUUUGUACAAUAUAUGUUUAGGUAAACAGGUGUAGAAAUAUAGAUAUUACUAAGACAUUCAGCAGGUAGAUUAGAAUAUUUUUAAACUCGUCUCAUUUUUCGAGAUAAAUUACUUGAGGUAUUGUGCUAACCUUGGUGUUGUUUUCAUCAGCGUUGGUAUGUAUUCAACCGUGGCCAUUAAACUUGGUACACAUGUUGCCUGCAACCUGGCCCCAAUAUCACAAAAAACCUUAAGUCAAAUCUCAAACUCAGUCUCAACUCAUUUAACCAGAUAAAAGCAUAAUAUACUUCAAAAUCUUGCAAGUUUUUAUACUUUUUGAAAACGUAUUUUCUCAUAGGAUCUGUUGAUAAACAUAUUUUGUCAAUAAUUCAAAGAAAACUUAUUCUAGAGCAAAAAUUAUACUUGAGUAUUUUAUAAAGAAUACAGAAUUGUACUCAAGUACUUUUUUGGCUGUAGAAUAUAUUUACAUAGGAAUUCGACCAAAGGCUUUUAUCAGCAUAUUUUAUGAUAGAAUGCGCUUAUAAAACUGUAAAAAACAUAUAUAUAUGAUUUUUAAUAAAUGUUAAUGCUAGGGGAUAAAAUGUGUUAAGACUGAGUUUGAGAUUUGACUUAAGUAUUUUCAUGAUAUUGGGGCCAGAGGUAGUAACAUUAUAGAGUAAGUAUGUACCCAGGGGUGGUAUUCAAAAUUUAACUUAAGUCAAUCUUAUGGUCAUGCAUCAUUGAUUUCAUUCACUGUAUUGGUCAUUUAUUUAUAACAAGCAAUCAGAUUAGCUACAUCGUUCUUAGAUCCAAUAAACACCAAUAUUAAAAACCAGCCCAGAGCUUUGGUUUUGAUUAUUUUUGAGAUAUGUCACUUUUUGGCUGAAAAAAAUUAGACUAGCAUUGGCUCUUGUUUGUUUAAAAGAGUGAAUUGUCUAGUGUAUGAAAAAUAGUGUCCUAUAAAAUACUAUAAAAGUGCUAUUUAUUUAAAUAUGGAAGCAAUAGAACUUUAAUACUCAAAACAGCCAGGUUCAGUAUGUUCAUGUAAUACUGUUUACUGUAAAAGUACUCAGAAAGUAUACGUUUGUAGUUAAUGAGGUUUUAGAAACCAGGGUAGAGGAUGUUUUACCAGGAUUUAUUAUAAAUGCACAACAUAGGUCUAUGGAGCACAAGGUUAUAGGUUGAUGCCAAAAUAUUUUUUUAAUAAUUUACUGCAUUAUUAUGUUACACACAUUUAACUUUUAAAGGGACUGUACACCGGAUUGGCACCAAAAAAAGUUUUCUGUAACGAAUCUCAGGACAAUUAUUUGAUAGAAUGUGUUACGCUUUGAUAUCAUAAUUGUAAAAAAAGUACCAAAAUAUAAAAAAAAAAAAUGUAUCGGAGACCGGGUUCGAACCUGUGUCGCCAAAAUUGCAGUCCAGUGUUGUAUCCACUGUGCUACAAAGGCUUACUCCGAACGAGUGGUAUAUUUAAGCUAUAUACCUAACUUGGUAAUAUCACGUGAUAACAUCGACUAGCCAAUCACACAUAAGGAAUGAAUUCUACUAGGUAGACAUACCCAGUAAUCUUUUUUAAUGGAAAAAUACGAAAUAACUGCUAAACUUAAAUAAAUUGUAAACUAUGUGAUACUUCAGUUAGUAAGUUUCAAUGCAUUGUACACAUUAAUACCAAGUUUAUGUCAGUAUUCGACAAUUUUCUUUUUUUCUUGCAAAUUGAUCAUCUGGUGCACAGUUGCUUUAAGUAUCAAAACAAAAAAGCACAGCAGUUGUGCGCAGAUAAAAUAUAUAAGCCUUUAUACAUGCUUUUUUUUCAAUUAAUAGCUACUUGCCCACAAACUUACCUGUAAAAAGCGCCAAAGUAUCGCUUAUAUUUUUUAUCAACCUUAUUUUAUUGUGCUCCAUUAAAUGUCCAGCCAGAUAGUUUUUAGCUUGUCUGCUUGCCUGAUUUUAUUUAGUUCAAAUGUUUUAACAAGAAAAGCCAUUAAUACAUGUAUUUUCUAGCUGUUUUAAUAUUUGAUCUUACUGUGGCAAUUAUUUUCAAAGCAGGGUAUCAAAUACUUUGUAAAUUUUCUCGACAAACACUUAUUUGUAAAAGCCUUGGCAUUUUUGCUUGUGUAUUUAUGUUCCCAUUUUAAUAAUUAUUUUUCAUGUAUACUAUCGUUUUAGAAACGGAAGGUUGGUUGGUCAUUUUGACCAAGUAUUUUUGUUUCAGGCAGUAAAAUAUAUUUAAUUGUAAGGUUGACUUAAUUAUUAACAUGAAAGAAAUAUUAUCUCACCAUAUUUUAUUUCGCACUCAUUGAUAUGCUUGUGAGGGCACGAUGUCCUUUGCUAAGGCGGCUUUUAUCACUUCUUACUUAGUGUUUGCUUAUGUUUCCACCAAUGGUAUCGCUGGACGAAUUAUCAUUUCAUUAUAUAGAAACUCUUUGACAAGAACAACCGCCAAAACUCCGUUUAGUCAAUAAUUGAUUUUAAUGAAUGGAUUAUGUAAUAGUUAGAUGACAUGAAGUGAAUUCUUAAUGAUUAAGAAUGGGCGAAGUGAGCGUAGCAAACGAGUCCUUCUUAAUUAUUAAGCACUCACUUCAUGUUAUCUUCAUGUAACUGACUUAGAAUACAACCUCAUUGGCUGAUACAUUUUCAAUGGAAAAUCUGACGCAGGGAUUGUGUAUCAGAUGAUUGGCGGACCUUGAAACACCCGCGAACGUUGAAAUUCUUAAUGUCUACUACUUAAAUUAAGUCUACUACUUAAUGGUCUGCAGUUUCAUUGGCUGAAAAUGUAGGUUGUAUUCUAAGUAGCGGUUCAUGCAUGGGCAAACUGGCUAGAAAUUUGUUAGUGCAAACUAAUGCUAGCUUACUGUAAUAGUUAAGUAAUUCAAAACAACAUUAUUAUUAAGUGUUAUGACACAUACUGAUAUAAGUAUUGUGAUACAGUAUCCUGUUGUAAGUAGGUGUAUCUGGUCAUAGUGGAGUAAAUAAUUGUAUCUGUAAGGCCAAAAGAAAUUUUCUGUGUUUCCACAAUCAUCUAAAAAAAAAAAUGGGGGUAGGUAGGAGGGUAUAACUUUUCUUUUUUUCUUUUUUUUAAUGGGGAGAACUGGGAUUCUGUACCAAACCUACCUAUAUCAGGGUAUAUCACUUUUGAAGAUAGUUAUAAAAUAUAAAGUUGUCAGAUUUUAACUUUUUCACUAAAAAAAUGCACAUUUUUAAAAAAAAUAAUCACUACAGCAAGAAAAAGUUGUAGGGUUGGGAGGAAAAAAUGGGGUUGGUUAUGUUAGUGGAAACAAACUAUUGUGUUUUUUUACGCCGUAUUUAGAAAUGUAUUUAGGUAUUUGCUGUAAACUGUUCUACAGUAAUUGGCUUUUUAUGUACAUGUACCGGGUAUAUGAAGUAAAAAAAAAAGUGCUGUGUAGUACAUGUAGCUAUUGUAUUAGAAUGUCUAAGGACAGAUGUUAUAAAGUUUUCACAGAGAGCUUUUUUUUUAAGCAGACAUUGGGCCGAUUGUUCAGAACUUGUUAAUGUUAACAAUGUUGUUAACAUAAUUGUUGUUAACUUUCAAAGCAUUACUGCUCUGAAUGUUUAAUAGAUACACUUGUAUUAUAUUAUCUGCAGUAUUUAUAACAAGAUUUGAGACAUCUGUUUCAGCUCUACUUGUUUUAUUCAAGUAUAUGAGCACAAUUCAUCAAAUAGUUAACAUUUUAAAGUUAACAAUGAUGUUGUUAAUUGCGUUGUUUAUUUUAACAAUUUUUUUAACAAUUGGCCCAUUGUGUGCCAUGAAAAUGUGAAAUGUUGACCUAAUUUAACCUAUUUAUCGGGUUACACUAAACUACAUUUACUCAUUCUACCUUGGACCAAUUAAAUAUUCUUACUCCCAGAUCCUACUAGUCUGAGAUUUUAGGCUGGGUUUACAAUUGCAUGAACUAUAUACAUCCAUAUCUUGUAACCUAAUAUUAUAAAGUUCGCUUUUGUAGCAUUCCUAGUCUAUUUAUUACAAAUGUUUGUAACAAUAUGUAUAUAAAUGGUUGUUAUUUUGUUAGCAUAUAGUCGUUCCAUAUGUUAUGUUUUGUUAAAUUGUAUGCAAUGCAAAGUAAGAAAAUAAAUGUGUAUUAUGCGGA